GAGAUUUCCCCUCCGCCAUUUACUUUCGAUUUCAACUUCACGGUUUGCCGACCGUAAAAGCUCCGUAAAGGUGAAGCUCAAACAUUAGCUGCAUGGAUCAGGGAGUAAACGGAGAAGAUGAAGCCUCCCACUCAGAAAGCCCACUGUGUGAGGUUGAUAGGGGUCAGACCAGAGCUCAGAGGAAAAGACGUGCACCUGGUCCCGAAACAGAACCUGCAUACGGAUCUGAACCCAGCUGUGUUUCUUUGAAGAGUGCCAUGUCAAAGGAUGUGAUUAUUAAUCUGAAAUCGGAUUGUGUUGCUGCAGAAAGAAACUAUGGGAAACGCAGAAUUCACUCUACAUCUGGACCCAGCUGUAUUUCCUUCAAGAGUGACAGGUCAAAGGAUCCCAUUAAUGAUUUUAAAUCAGGUCAAAUGGAAGCAGAAGGGAUGGACCAGCACUUCAUAAAAGGUACCUGUGAUCAAUCUACCCUUCACCAUCAAACCCAGAUGGACUCCAUAUUUCAGGCUCUGGAGAACAACAUUGUCACUUUCGUGAAGAAAGAACUGACGAAGUUUAAGAAACUUCUGAGUAGAGAUUCUUUGGAACGCAUGCAGAGAGCAAAGGAGGAUAAGGAUGUAUUAGGGGUAGACGAUGAAGAGCAAGCCAAGAUACUGAGAGAAAUGUUUCUAGACAUGACAAUUCUCUUCCUAAAAGGAAUAAAUGAACAGGAAAUGGCUGACCGUCUGCAAAGCAAUUUCCCCACCAUAUGCCAGCUUAAACUAAGAACCAGCCAAAAAAAGAAGUUCCAGUGUUUGUUUGAGGGAAUUGCUAAAGCAGGAAACCCAACCCUUCUGAAUGAGAUCUACACAGAGCUCUUCAUCGUAGAAGGGACGACUGGAGAAAUCAAUAAUGAACAUGAAGUCAGACAGAUUGAAGCAGCAUCCAGAAAGCAGACAGAGCUGAAAAAAACCAUCAAACAAGAAGAAAUCUUCCGACCGCUUUCUGGGAGACAAGAACCAAUCAGAACCGUGAUGACUAAGGGAGUGGCUGGCAUCGGGAAAACCGUCUUAACACAGAAGUUCACUCUGGACUGGGCUGAAGACAAAGCCAACCAGAACAUCCACUUCAUAUUUCCAUUCACUUUCAGAGAGCUGAAUGGGGUGAAGGAUAGAAAGUUCAGCUUGGUGAAACUUGUUCAUCACUUCUUUCCUGAAACCAAAGGAAUCUUCAGCUUUGAAGAGUUCCAGGUCAUCUUCAUCUUUGAUGGUCUGGAUGAGUGUCGACUUCCUCUGGACUUUAGAAACAGUGAGAUAGUUACAGAUGUUACACAAUCUAGCUCAGUGGGUAAUCUGCUGACAAACCUCAUCAGGGGGAGACUUCUUCAUUCUGCUUACCUCUGGAUAACCACACGACCUGCAGCAGCCAAUCAGAUCCCUGCUGACUGUAUUGAUAUGGUGACAGAGGUCAGGGGAUUUGCUGAUCCUCAGAAAGAAGUGUACUUCAGGAAGAGAUUCAAAGACAGAAAGCAAGCUAGCACCAUCAUCUCACACAUCAAGACAUCUCGAAGCGUCCACAUCAUGUGCCACAUCCCAGUCUUCUGCUGGAUCACUGCUACAGUUCUGGAGGAUCUGCUGAAGAGCAGAGAGGGAGGAGAGCUGCCUAAGACUUUGACUGAGAUGUACAUCCACUUUUUGGUGGUUCAGGCCAAAGUCAAGAAGGUCAAGUAUGAUGGAGGAACUGAGACGGAUCCUCACUGGAGUCCAGAGAGCAGGAAGAUGAUGGAGGCUCUGGCGAAACUGGCUUUUGAGCAGCUGCAGAAAGGAAACCUGAUCUUCUACGAAUCUGACCUGACAGAGUGUGGUAUCAAUGUGACAGAGGCCUCAGUGUACUCAGGAGUGCUGACUCAGAUCUUUAUUGAGGAGAAAGGGCUGUACCAGGACAGGGUGUUCUGCUUCAUCCAUCUGAGCAUUCAAGAAUUCCUUGCUGCUCUUCAUGUCCACAUGACCUUCAUCAACUCUGGAGUCAACCUCUUGGCAGAGGACCAAACCUUAUCUCAGGCAUCCUCACCAGACCUCAAAUCUGCAGACAUAGAGUUCUACCAGACCUGUGUGAACGCGGCUUUAAAGAGUCCAAAUGGGCAUCUGGACCUUUUUCUGCGCUUCCUCUUGGGUCUUUCCAAACUAACCAAUCAGACCCUCCUACAAGGACUACUCGUCCCAACAGGAAACAACAUAGAGACAGAUGAGGAAACGAUCCAGUACAUAAAGAUGAAGAUCAGUGAGAAUGCAUCUGUGGAGAAAAACAUCAACCUGUUCCACUGCCUGAAUGAGCUCAAUGAUAAUUCUCUGACAGAGGAGAUUCAGCGUUUCCUUAACUCAGGCCGUCUCUCCAUAAACACAAUGUCCUCUCUUCAGUGGUCUGCUCUAGUUGUCAUUUUACUAUCAGAAAAAGAUCUGGAUGUGUUUGACCUGAAGAAAUACUCUGGUUCAGAGGAGGUUCUCCUAAAGCUCCUUCCAGUAGUCAAAGCCUCCAACAAAGCUCUAUUGAGUAACUGUAAACUUUCAGAGAGAAGCUGUGAAGCUUUGGCCGAUAUGCUUAGCUCUCAGUCCUGCAGUCUAAGAGAGCUGGACCUGAGUAACAACGAUUUGGGCGACUUGGGACUGAAGCAUCUUUGUUUUGGACUGGAGAACCCCAACUGUACUUUGGAAACUCUCAGUCUGUCAGGAUGUCUGAUCACAGAACAAGGCUGUGGAUUUUUGGAGUCAGCUCUAAACUCCAACUCCUCUCAUCUACGAGAGUUGGACCUGAGCUACAACCAUCCAGGAACAGAAGGGGUGGUACUCCUUACUCCUAAACUGGACACUCUCAGAGUGGAUCCUGCUGGAGAACAAUGGCUGACGCCAGGUCUAAAGAAGUAUUCCUGCCGACUCUCCAUUGACACAAACACAGUGAGCAGGAAGAUCGAGCUGUCCGACAACAGCAACAGGAUGACCCGUGUGGAUGUGCUGCAGCCGUAUCCCGACCACAACGACAGAUUUGAUCUGUUUCAGCUGCUCUGUAAAGAUGUUCUGAGCGGCCGCUGUUACUGGGAGGUGGAGUGGAGUGGGAGGGUGGACGUUGCAGUGAGUUACCGAGGGAUCAAAAGGAAAGGGGACAGCGACGACCGCUGGUUCGGAUUCAACGAUCAGUCCUGGAGUUUGUUUUGCUCCGAUGAUGAUGGUUACUCCGUUUGGCACCGUAACGAAAAAGUUUCUGUCCCGUCCUCGUCCUCAUCUUCUUCCUCUAACAAAGUAGCAGUGUAUGUUGACUAUCCUGCCGGGAUUCUGUCCUUCUUUGAAGUCUCCUCUGACACACUGAUCCACCUCCACACCUUUAACAACACUUUCACCGAACCUCUUUAUCCAGGGUUCGGGUUUGAAUUCAGGCUUGGGUCCUGGCUGUCUAUUUGUCCAGUUUAACGUUAAACUCAAUCUAAUUCUCAAUCUGUUUCGAUCUGAAACAGGUCCCAAGAUUCCUUUUGAGAUUAUUCCUCCUCUAAUCAAUUAAAAUAAACAUCAUUAAUUUCCAAGUUAGCAUAAAAGGAGCCAUCAUUCCAAUACCCAAAUAGUGUUUUUCUCUGUUUCCUGUCCAAAAUCUGACCUCAGUAUUGGUGACGUGCUGCACUACAGCUCACAAAUGAACACAUUUUGUAGAGAAGAAACACGAUAUUGAAAUCUGUAUAUUUUCACUUGUGGUGUGAUCAGCUGGACAUGGAGAACAUGGUUAUUUAUUCUGAGAAGCAGCCAAGACUGAAUAAGAUCAACACUAAGACCACACUAGGAGCCAAAUGUUGAAUGAAUGAGUUUAUCACUAUUCUUUCAGCUGUGUUCUUGCUCCACAUUAGUCCAUUGAUCCCAACACAACUAAACAGAAAGAGAGAAGAUGAAGGAUGACCAGCAAACCUCAUUCUGGACCAUCUGAAGACCAGUAGUAGUUCAGAACAGUAGAUGGCUAAGAGCAGGGGUGUCCACACUUUUUUGGCAUGUGAGAUACUUUUGAGACAACAAUGGGACAAUCUCUUAAAGAUCUACAUAUGUAUGUAUACAUAUGUAUAUAUAGAUAUAGAUAGAUAUAUAGAUGUUGAAAUAUAUACAGUACAGACCAAAAGUUUGGACACACCUUCCUAUUCAUUUGACUAAUUUUACAAUUUUACUGAAAGAUGGCAUCUGAAUGCCAUACUUUUCUAGCUCGCUCCUCAUGUUACUGUAGAUAGAUAGAUAGAUAGAUAGAUAGAUAGAUAGAUAGAUAGAUAGAUAGAUAUACUUUAAUAAACAGUAUUAUAAACUAUUAGUGUAGAACAUUGUUUAUGUACUGAUAAUUUCAAAAACUACACACUAAGAGUACACAAAUCUUUGUGAGGAGAUAUUUUAGUAUUAACAGAUGAGGUUUUUUAUUACAAAAACGGAGAGCAGUGACUAUCGUAUUUCAUGCAAAAGAAUGAAAUACGCAUCAAAGCACGGCUGGCGUGGGCAGCGCUCGAGAAGUGCGUGCCAAAGGAAAACAACGCUGCCUUAGUGGGCUUGGAUCCAUCGGGCAGUCGAGGAGGCACGCGAUCGGUACUCGGGUGCAGAGAAAAAAAAAUGCACCACAUCAUUUUUUUUCCGUUAUAUUUACAAUCUGAUUUCAAAACAACUUUUAUUUUAGAAAACUACUUCUCCCCACGAAAUCUGACUCAUUUAUGACGCAAUGUGUGAAAAAUCUGUUACUUUCUUAAAACAGCUGUGCCGGCCGCUAUGUUGAAAUCCCUAAGCUAGUUACGUUAAAAAUAAGACAAACUUGCCUGGAAAGUUUCUUUUCGCAGAACUUAAAAGACACAAAAAUGCAGCAAUUUGAAAUCUAAACCAAUGAUAAUAAUCCACAACACAAUAGUUUCUACAUGUCUAACAAACCAUAGGUCCUCUGGUACAGCCCUUUUAGUAAUUUCUAAAGUUACAAGCAGCUCAUACAGUGAGGCUUCUUUACAUUAUUCCCCAAGCUGACAAAGUUGACAAAAAACAAACGUGAGAAAGUUUCUUUUUGCAGAAACGCACCAAUGAGAAAACAGAAGAAGAGCCUUUGAUUUCACAAUAAAAGACAUCUGUAUUUAACAGACAAAAACCAAGAUUCUUUACUCCAAAACUGUAUUUAGUAGUUCUUCUCACGUACCAUAAUAUAUUGCAUAAUAUUCAGCAACCAGCUGUCUAUUGUUACAAGGAUUUUGCUAAUAAAGUUGAUCAAAUGGCGGAUUCGCUUUUAUCAUUAUAUCUAGAAAUAUACCAGUUUUAGUCACCAUUUUUCUUUUUUUUUCCAUCAGAACUUAAAAAGUCAGAUGAAGCUGAAGUUGGCGUCUGAUUUUUUUCUAGCUUCCACUUUGACAGUUAUGAGAAAAUCUAUAUCACAUUUUAAUGGAUCCUACACCGAAUCUGAAGGACAAUUAAAGUUUAAAGCAGCUACAGAUAUUUUACAGAGGAUGAAAAUAAACUUUAACCUAGAAAGUUAAGAGGAACUGGAAUCUAAAAAAAUAAUCAGACAUCCACGUCAGCCUUGUACAAACCAAAACAAACAAAUAUAUCGUCUGACAUCAAACUGUUCAGUGGCCUAGAAAAGAUAAGGGACCACUCAUUUAGAGCGCCCAACUGCUAUUACUAUUAGUAUUAGUUUUUAAGCAUCUGCUUCAAAAGGAGAUCUCACUGCUGCAUCAAAUCCACAAGGGCAUUUUUAUUUAUAUAUCUAAAUGUUUUAUUUAUGCGGAUUAUUAUCUAUUAUUAGAUUUAUGAUUAAGUCUUGUUGAAGUAAAACAAAAACCUGCACUUCGAUUCAGCACUCAUUUAAAGGUUAAAUGGAUCUUUGAAGCCUUUGGUUGUUGUAUAUUGGAUGGUGUUGCAAUAUAUUUCCACCUCAACCCAACAUCAAAAUGGAAAAGGAUCAAUUUCCUGAUGAUUAACUACAUAAAAACCCAAAUUCACAACUUUUGUAUGUCCUCAGUUUGUUACCCUGAUGUCUGAUUAGAUUUUUAUCUUGCUCUGACUGAAUGUUACUGACACAAAGGGGUGAUGCAAUGGACUUAAAUAAAGGGUUUAUUUAAAUCAA